AUGGGAAAUUGCUGUUCCGACGUGACCGGCGGCCAGUCGGCAGUCGGAGGCACCGCAUCUUAUCACACCAGCUCGGCAGUCAACGCACCGAACGAGGCCGUGGAGGCCUUCCUCAAGUCUCGCGGUUAUCAGGGCCUCUACUCUCAGAUCGAGCUGUCUCUAUCGGCUUCAAAUUUACGUGAUCGGGAUGUGCUAUCAAAGAGUGAUCCUAUGGCAAUUGUCUAUAUUAAAGGAAGAGAUGGUUCGCUUCAGGAGCUUGGUCGCACUGAAGUAGUUUUAAAUUCAUUGAAUCCUAAGUGGAUUAAAAAAUAUUCUCUUACUUAUCAAUUUGAGACAGUGCAGUAUUUGGUAUUUCGUCUCUAUGAUGUUGACACACAGUUCCACAAUAGUGAUGUCAAGGCUCUUAAGCUUGAGGAGCAGCAGUUUCUUGGUGAGGCUACUUGUGCGUUGUCACAGAUUGUCACAAAAUCAAACGGGUCUUUGACCUUGGAGCUUGGACACGGAGAAGCAUUUUCGGCCCAUACACGAAAGUUAGGCCAACUCACUGUUUAUGCUGAAGAAAGUGUAGCAUCAAAGACUACAGCAGAGUUGAUAUUAAGAUGUUCAGACUUAGAAUCGAAGGAUUUGUUCUCAAAAAGUGAUCCCUUUCUGGUGAUAUCAAAACUCACAGAGGCUGGUACUGCUGUUCCAAUCUGCAAAACUGAAGUCUUGAAAAAUGAUCACAGACCAAAAUGGAAACCAAUUUUCUUGAAUAUUCAACAAGUUGGAAGCAAGGACAGCCCAUUAAUCAUUGAGUGUUUUGAUUUCAAUAGCAACGGAAAACAUGAUUUACUUGGAAAAGUUCAGAAAUCUCUGGCAGACUUAGAAAAGCUACAUUCUGUUGGUAUGGGAGAGAAUUUAUUCACCCCGUUGUCUGUUGGGCAGAAUCAUCAAAACAAGGUCUUAAAGAGUCAGUUGUUUGUGGAUACAUAUUCAGAGAAGAUCCAGUAUACUUUCCUUGAUUACCUGGCUGGAGAUUAUGAGCUUAACUUCAUGGUGGCUAUUGAUUUCACUGGUACUUUUUGCAUUUUUGCUGCUUACUAG